AUGAAUUUUCAUCUUUUCCUGGACGCAAAUAAUGUCGAAAAUGUUUGUAAGCACCACGGAAGAGAUUUUUCAUUCUUUUUUCAUCCACCAAAUGAGAUCAUUACACCAUUUCAUGACGAAGGUAGUGUUGAGUAUAAAUUUGAAAAAAGAGUUGUAGUUUCGAUCACUAGAUUUAAAAAUGAUGAUGGUCUACGCAACUUCCCACCAACUGCACGUGGUUGCUACUAUGCUGGUGAAAAGUCACUUCAAUUUUUCAGAAUCUACACAAAAAGUCACUGCGAAUUCGAAUGCUUGACAAAUUUUACUUUAAAGACUUGCGGAUGUGUAAAAUUUUCAAUGCCGAGGGUUGCAGGUACAAAAGUGUGUGGGAUGGAAAAGGUCCAGUGCUACCAUAAUGUUUGGAGGGUUUGGCCUUAUUAUGUACCUGGAAAAGGGAAGGAAGCUCCGUGUGGCUGCUUAAAAACCUGCAAUCAUCUAGAGUAUAAAGUCAGAUCGGAGAGAAAUUCAAUUUAUGAAGAUAUUAGGGAGAUUGAGACAGUUAGGAAUGUUACGAAUGGUUCAACAUAUUCAUUCUUAUCCUUCGAAAUCAAAGACCAUUUUCAUUUAAGUCAUCAAUAUUAUGGUCCAUAUACUCUACAGAAUUUUAUAGCAGAUAUUGGCGGAUUGCUAGCAUUAUUUUUGGGAAUAUCAAUUUUAUCAAUUUUUGAAUGCUUAUAUGCACUGAUGGUCAUGAUUCACGACAGGAUGACUCAAAAUAACAAAGUCCAACAAAUUGUUUCCAGUUCAAUUAAAAAAUCACAACUUCAUAGCAAACUUAAAGCUGGUUCUUCAAGAAAUGCAAAGAAAAUUUGUAAUGGAAAGUUACAGAACAGAUCAAAAAUCAGGAAUAAAAAUGUUGAAAAUAACUUAAGAACUAAAAUAAUUGAAGUCAAACCUUGUGAUGAAAGAGAACUUAACCGUGGACAUCCUGGAAAUAUUUAUCUAGAUUGA